CACCACCACCACCGCUACCACCACCACCAGGAAGGAGCAGGGAAGAUGGGGGAGGGCUCCAGGAAUGCUCCAGGAGCAGGGGACACCAUGGGGUAGGGGGUGGCUCCCUUGGAAAGUUCAGAUUUCCCUCCUACCCUGGACUUCUCUAUUAGCUCAAUAAUGGUUCCCAAGGAGCAGGCAGGGUUUUGGCAGCUCCUAGGUGAGGACCCAGCCAGGAGGAAGGGAAGAGCACAGUCCCCCCUCCACUCCCAAGGAUCUUGAGUCUCUUGGUCCCUAAGGCGGCCUUAGUAAGUCCCCUCCCCAGAGGGUCGUGAUAAGGCUAAGCAGCCUUUUUCCUGCCCAGGCUAUUGGACCUAAUCCUCCUCCCUUGGGCCUCAGUUUCCCUGUCUGUGGCCUGUGGGAAGAGAGUGCUUUCCGUUUCACAGUCUCCAUGGCAACCACAAUCAAUAUUAGUGGUGUCCUCCUGACUGAGAGAGGUCAUUGCCUUCUCCCCCCAAUAUUCUCAUACAGUUCCAUGCAGAUACAAUUACACAACCACCGCAGACCCAUACUCCUAAUUAUAGGACACAUUCAUACUACCAAUCUUCAGACCCACGUCCCACACCCUACUAAAACACAGACACUUCACACCCUAUACACACUCAGAAAUACUCCAGUACACUCACACACACAUACCGUAGACACCCAGGUCACAUAUGCAGAUAUAUAAGACACACACCUAAUAGGUGCACAAUCAUGUGUAAACAGGCACACAUAAGAGGAGAUACACAUACUCUCAAUACAGACAAACACAGGAAUGUACACAUGAGAAAACACCCAGAUGCCCAUAACAUAUUCUGACCCAUACAUCUAUUACUUAUCCAUAUGCAGCUCAUUGUUUCUCAUAUACAUACGCACUGCCCUUCCCUGCCUUUUCCCUAAGCACAGCUCCUCCCUCUGCCCCCUCACUUUGGCACAGAGCAGCCACGGGGUGUCUGGGGGAAACUGUCCUCAGAGACAGGCAGGUCGCUGCCUCCCUCCCCUGUCCUGGCCUGUUCUGGCCCAUAUCCUUCACGCCAAAGCCUUCCGAGGAGAUGCCAGUCCAUAGGCUGAGGUGGCCCUGUUAAGAGGAAGAGGCUGUGGCUGGGAGGCUGUGGUUGGGAGGCCUGUGGGGCAUAGGCGGGGUAAGUGGGGGAGAGGGAGGAGAUCCAGGGAGGGGGAGGGGGAGGGAGGCUGCAGGCAGUCCUACUCAGGCUGGGGAGCCUGAGGGGGAGGUGGUGUAAGGAGGGCGGGCCAGCGUGUCUGAGCCUCAGCCGGUAGAGCCAUGCCCCAGGCCCACCAUGAACCUGGAAGGACUGGAGAUGGUUGCUGUGCUUGUGGUCCUCGCUCUGUUUGUCAAGGUCCUGGAGCAGUUUGGCCUCUUUGAGCCUGUCUCCUUGGAAGACAGCGUGGAAGAUGAGUUUGAACUAUCCACCGUGUGUCACCGGCCUGAAGGUCUGGAGCAGCUGCAAGAACAAACCAAGUUCACGCGCAAGGAGUUGCAGGUCCUGUACCGGGGCUUCAAGAAUGAAUGUCCCAGUGGAAUUGUCAAUGAGGAGAACUUCAAGCAGAUUUACUCCCAGUUCUUUCCUCAAGGAGACUCCAGCACAUAUGCCACUUUUCUCUUCAAUGCCUUUGACACCAACCAUGAUGGCUCGGUCAGUUUUGAGGACUUUGUGGCUGGCUUGUCAGUGAUUCUUCGGGGAACCAUAGAUGACAGGCUGAACUGGGCCUUCAACCUGUAUGACCUCAACAAGGAUGGCUGCAUCACCAAGGAGGAAAUGCUUGAUAUCAUGAAGUCCAUCUAUGACAUGAUGGGCAAGUAUACGUAUCCUGCACUCCGGGAGGAGGCUCCAAGGGAACACGUGGAGAGUUUCUUCCAGAAGAUGGACAGGAACAAGGAUGGCGUGGUGACCAUUGAGGAAUUCAUUGAGUCUUGUCAAAAGGACGAGAACAUCAUGAGGUCCAUGCAGCUCUUUGACAAUGUCAUCUAGCUCCCCAGGAGAGGGGAUCAGUUGUCCUGGGGGGACCAUACUGUAGCCCUAGUCCAAGUGGACCUCACCCUUUUCUUCCCAGGUCUGUCCUCAUCCUAGCCCUGCCCCGGAGGCUGUAGGAAUCCAAGAGCCUGGGGAUUCAGUGGUCCAGAUCUCUGGAGCUGAAGGGGUCAGGGAGUGGGCAGAGCAUAUCUGCGGGACGUUCCCAACUGCUCCCAGCCCCUUCCUGCCUGACGCUCAGUGUUGAGGGUGCCCCUGCUGUAGAAAUUGAGUGGUUCUCCGCCUUCCACUCCCACUCUAGAAACCACAACACUAGACAAAAUGUCUCCUGCUAUGGUGCUUCCCCCAUUCCUGAUCUUAUAAACAUUUCCCUUAAGACUCCCUUCUCAGAGAGGCUGCUCUGUCUUUGGGCACUGACUGCCCUUUCAGACCAGAGCCUUUGAGAGCCCUGUAGGAGGGGGACAAGAAUGUAAAGGGAGAAAUCUUGGGCCUGAGCCAGUGGUUAGGUCCUAGGAGGUGGCUAGGGUAGAGAGCAGAAAGGUCUGGAGAUUAUCAGUGAGAGCUCAGGCAUGCCAGGCUGUGGAGCUUGGAGCCCCACAGGUCUGCUGCCCCAAGCCAUCAGGAUAUGAGUUUCCAGAAGACCUUGUCUCCUUGGAAACACCACAGACAUUUUCCAUACCCUUGUCAGUAUCCCAGCAGAGCCUGGGAUCCUAAUGUCUGGCUCAUCGCUGGAAUUCCUUCCUCUCCUUCCUUCCUUCCUGUUUGUAUGGUGGUGGUGGCAGCAGGGGAAGUAUGAGUGGGAGAUGUCCUGGCUGAUACCUGCCAAAGUUUCAGCCUACCCUCUCUGAUGGCUACAAUUUAAGUUUUCAUUUGCCAUUUCCUCUAGAGGCAUAGAGUGAGUCAGGGACUAUCCAGUGGAUGCCCUAUAAGGAGGGAGGCAGGCAUAGCAUCUGAACCCAGUGUGGGGGCAUUCAUUAGAAUCUUUGAACUACCCAGGCUCUAUUCCAACUCCCACAUAGCCUCCUCAGUUCCCACCUAGGGUCUUUUCUUGCUCUAUUCAAUCUACCCAGAGAUGCCCCUGAGCACACCUAGAAGGCAGGGACCAUAGGACCCAGGUCCCACCUCAUUGUCAGCACCUCUGCCAUGCUGCCACCCUUAAUACACUGGCUUGUCCCAUUUAGCUCACCCUCCCAAUCAGCCAGGAUCUGAGGGAAAGGGCCCCGGAGAGCCUCGUUUCUCAUCAGAACACUGUUGACUGCUUUGCAUUUUUGGCUCCUCUGUAUAUUUUGUAAAAUAAGAAAUACACCAGAUCCAAUAAAACACAAUGGCUAUGCACA